UAAGUUUAAUUCAACCUCCGACUUUUAGUGAAGAAAGGCAAAUGAGACUUCGUGUACGUACUAUACUAGCGGCUUGGUUCGAUGUUUGGGUUCCCUGUGCAGUUUGAACAAGAGAAUCAACAACUUGUCUCUUGAUCGAUGUAUUCAAUCAUUUGGUCUUGAUCAAUAUUAAUUUGUAGCAGCUUGAGAAGUUUUAUCUCGUCCRAACAGCCAAAGAUACAGUGUAAAUGGCUAAAAUAACAGAACUCGAACCAUCAGACGGCSAAGAAACCAGUAAAAGAUCAAAAGAAAGUAAAGGGAAGUUGAUGUCUAGCAAACCUGUUCCAAGAGACCAGAAGCCUCCCUCUGGGACUUCUGGGUCGUUAAAGAACACCACUGGUACUUUGUACAUGAACUACAUCGCAUUACCCAUCGUUAUUGUCAUUAUYAGCAUUGCUGUGCUGUACUUUUCCAAUCAAAAAGCUAUAGACGAAGUCAAGACACCAUCUUUAAGCAAGAAGGGUGUCGUUAUGAGUGCCACAGAACUUGCUAAACAUGAUGGCUCUGAUUCCAACAUACCCGUCUAUAUUGCUAUUCUUGGCAGAGUGUACGAUGUAGAAAAGGGUCGGCGUCAUUAUGGUAAAGGUAGUGGCUAUAACGUGUUUGCUGGGAGGGAUUCAACACCAUCGUUUGUUACUGGGAUGUUUAACAGGGAGAAGGCAACAGAUGAUGUGUCAGGUUUGAGUCCAGAAGAGAUGUUGGGUAUAAAAGACUGGAUGGACUUCUACAGGAAAGAUUAUAYCUACAUUGGUAAAGUCAUUGGUAGAUAUUACGAUGAGAAUGGCAAACCAACGGACGCUCUGAAGCAGGCUAAAGCUUUGAUUAAAGAAGGCAAACGACUGAAGGAGAUACAGAAAGGAGAAGAUAAGAAGUUCCCUCCUUGUAACUCAAAAUGGAGUCAAACUGAAGGUGCUGAAGUCUGGUGCUCCAAAGAAAGCGGAGGCAUUAGUAGAAAUUGGGUAGGUGUCCCGAGACAAUACUUCAAGCCUGGUUCUAAGGAUCCAAAGUGUGUCUGUGUGCGAACAUCUGGAGUAUCCAGUGACACUAGAGAAGGAGAUGAGGGUGAUUUGAACCAUCCUAAUCUAAAGCUAUACCCUGGCUGUAACAAGAUGGAUGUUAUGUGCAGGAUUAGUUAACAGUUACAAUUUCUAGAUCAUUUUCUAUUGCAGUUGCCUUUUUUUCCUGGCAACAUUCACACUCUAACUAGCUUUMUGAUUUGAACAAAGAGUCCAUAGAUUUAGGUUUACAGGUAUUUGUUUAUUUACCUAGAUUAUACAUUUUUACCUUGUUAUUUAAAUUAGUACUCAUUACUGCACAUACAUAUGUAUUCAAUGUAUUUGGAUGCUUCAACACAAAUUUUUGUCUGUUAAACAUAUAGUUAUAUGUUUAACAUAAAUGGAYGGAGAUCUGACAGGUCAAGAAGUCAAGCAAAAGAAGUGAAUCACAAUUUUGGCCUGACAUUGUCCAUUGCCCAGCCAUUACUUUUAGCCCUGAUCUCUUGAACACAUUGGGACUUCAAAUAUCAUGUAUGGCCACAGAAGGUAUUUUACUUUUCUCGUGAGAUUGGCAAAGUGGUUCAAAAUCACAAAAUCUCCUUGGUAUGUAUAUGUCAAUGAGGGUAUCCAUGCCCUACACAUAGGAGGGGGUUGGGGGGGGGGCUGCAAUAGCCGAUAUUAGUGUUACACUCAAUUGCCUUCAAGCAAUCAUUGCAUUAAGGUCAGUUUUUAUACAUUUCAUUUGUAUAAUUUGACCCAAAUGCCUUGACUCGAAACAAUAUUUGAAGGCAAUAGUAUGUACAUGUAUCUCUAACAUCUGCCAUUCCAUGGUGGGGCCCAAAAACCUCUCUAUUUUGGGUGUAAUGUUUUCCUAUUUCAGACCAUGUGUCAUUCCCUUGAGAAUAAGAUUUUUGUUUGAAUUGUAUCCAUAUUCAUCRUCUUCUCAUGCCCAACCGAUAAACAAAGAAAGGAUUCUCAAGGGAAUGACGUGAUCUGAAAUGGGAAAACAUUACACCCAAAGUAAAAAGGAAUAUAAUUAUAUUCCAUUCAAAAAUGGGAAUGUCUGAUAAAUAAUGAAAGGCCUUUUUUCAAUGAAAGAAUUUUUAUUGUUCAUGUAAAAUCAACCUAAAAAUUAAAGUUAAGAAGGGAAAAAACAAUAAAAUUUCAUACAAAUUUUA